AUGCGACUGGAGGAAAUCAUCUUCCAGGUCAUCUGUCAGGUGAGUGCCACAGAACCCACCUGCUCAGAGCGUCGUCUCCUCACCUGUCUGGCAAGCAUUUUCUCCGACAUGCGAGCCUCUCCCCCACCCCGGCAGGCUGUCGAGGCCGCGCUCAUGGCUCUCAUAAAGACGGGCACUAUUUACUUCUGUGGUAAGUUGCGGGACUUUUCACAUGCCCCCUUGGCCCUAAGUAUUACUGGGGUGAAUCUGACUCAUAUUACGUUAUAUUUCGGAAUAGAAAAGUCACGGGUUGUCAAGUCUGAAUUUUUUUCCAUCUUGGCUUACGCUUCCUUCAUAACUCAAUUGUUUUAA